AUGGAAACGUUCCUCGCGACUCUGGGUCAAGUGCAGCAGACGUACUCUCAGUCGCGUCACCACGACAAGGCUCGUAGAUGGCUCAACACCUUUGCCGACAGGGUCGUUUAUUACGGGAACAUCAUCGACGUUUUGGUUCAACAUCACCCGGAAUACGCAUCCCUCGCAUGGGGUUUAUUCAAGCUCAUAUUUGUGGGAAUCAGCAAUCAUGCCACGACCGUGGCGAAACUCAGCAAAUCACUCUCACAGACAUCACUCCUCCUGCCGUCCGCUCAGUUGACCCUCUUUUUGUAUCCCACCGAGGCGCUUCUGACGACCGUGGCCAGGAUAUACGCUCUGAUCUUGAGGUUCUUGGUCGAAUCGAUCAAAUUCUACAAGGCCUCGCGCCUGCAGCACUCCAUCGACAGCGUAUUUCGGCCUUGGAAACUGCGUUUCCAAGAGACCUAUGACGAGAUUGCACAGCAUGCGAGCCACCUCAAAGAUCUGUCGAGCCUGGCCGCCAAAGCCGAGCUGCGGGACAUCCACCUUGACCUUGUCGAGUCACGCAAGGCUUGGGAGGACGUGAACGCACAGAUCGUGCACAUGAGGACCAACCAAGCGGGAAUGGAGGCCUUGAUUGCGACAAAGGUCGCCGAGCAGACUGCAUUGUUCUCGACUUUCUACACUGAAAUACGCCUCGACCUCUCUCAACAGAGGCAAACCAUUAACCAACUCCACCUAAAUCAGCUCCUGUCGAUGCCGUUCUGGCAGAACCUCCCCUAUUCCGGGGAGAGCUUGGAGUAUUGUCAAUCGAUGCGCCGGCGCCGGCGAAACUGGUCCCCCGUCGUCCUACCGCGAGAAGCUGACCUUCAAACCUGGGCCCAGGGCAAUCAGAGCAGUCUCCUCGUGGUCUCUGGCCAGAAUCCGGUGAUGGAAAAGGACUUUGUGGCAGAUAUGGCUCGUCUGAUUCGCGACCAGAGCUUCCCGGUCAUGUGGGCAUUGCGUUUCGCCAACCAUUGGGACCUUGACCUUACGACCACCGAUGUCCUGCGCGUCCUGGUGCUACAGGCACUCCAGAUGAAUCCUUCUUCGUUGACCGGUCACGGUUAUCCAGGCGCAGGAGCAGGACCACUUCAUCCUGUCACGCUUUCGCACCUGAGAGAGGCAGCAUCACCCGAGGACUGGCUUAGAAUCCUCGAGCGAACUCUCAAGGAUGUCCUCCGAGUCUUUAUCGUCCUUGACGGUGACCUCUUGUCGCAAGUGACAAGUUACGAUCGACAGGAAGUGGUAAUGUUUACAGAGCUUUUGAGGAACAAGAUCCCCGGCGUCUCGGUCAAGAUUGUGAUACCAGCAUCGAAUAUCACCCAAGACCACAUCGAGACGCUCGAAUUGCAAGGCGACUGUGUCAGGCUCUCCACUGAUGCGCACAACAACAGCAGGCCGCGGCCGAGAGCGAGGAAGCCAAAUCCCAUCAAGAGACAGCGAGUCUCGAACCACCUGACCGGUUACGUGACUAAGCGCCGGCAUUUAUAAAAAGGAGUCGGCUCAUCAUCUGAGUUUCUCAUCCCGGGCUCUCUGGUCGUCUGUGUGGCCUUGCAUUCUUUUGAUAUAUUCAUUGAAUUCCGUCGACACGGACAGAGCUUGUUCAAUGUGCGACCAGUCAAG